AUGAGCAGUGCCAGUAACUCACUGGCACGGGAAUUCUUGUCGGAUGUCAACCGACUGUGCAAUGCAGUGGUCCAGAGGGCAGAGGCCAAGGAAGAUGAAGAGGAAGAAACUCAUAUGGCAGCACUAGGACAAUAUUUGGUUCAAGGCCGUGGAUUUAUUUUGCUUACCACACUGAACUCAACUAUUGAUCAGGAGUUGACAUGUCGAGAAGAACUUCUGACUCUCCUCCUGUCACUUCUGCCACUGGUGUGGAAAAUCCCUGUCCAAGAAGAAAAAGCAAUAGAUUUUAAUAUACCCUUUACAGUAGACAUAUGCCUGACCAAAGAAAAUAAUUCAAGUUCCAUGAAAUCUACUCAGGAAAAACUAGGCUUAGAUGGCAGCACUCGUUCAUCUCUUCAGACUUCCGUAAAACUAAAUGCUCGAUCUCGAAAAAGUGGACGUCUGCGCAAGACCACCCAUCGUUACUCUGUGCGAGAUGCAAGAAGAUCUCAACUGUCUACUUCAGAUUCAGAAGGCAAUUCUGAUGACAAGACUCCUGUAAUAACAAAACACAGACGCUCCCAUUUACUGCAGCCUUUUUUAACAUAUCCAGUUCGGGACAACUACCUUGUAGGUAGAAGCGAUUGCCUACCUGCGGAAACAGUACCAAGUUCUAAUCCUGAUGCCCCUAAUCUUGAAAAUUCCAGCCAAAUUAUUACAGCACAUGAGCUAAACCCAGAAAUUUUGAAUGAGCCAGCUGCAGGAGUUACCGAGAACAACAUGGAUAACUCUCCCUUUGAGUUAUGCCAUGUAUUAUUGUCACUCCUAGAGAAGGUGUGCAAAUUUGAUACUGCUUUGAAUCACAGUUCUGCUCUUUCAGCUAGUGUGGUGCCCACAUUGACUGAGUUCUUAUCAGGAUUUGGAGACUGCUGCAGUGUAAGUAGUAGCAUGGAAAAUGAAGUAGUUUCUGCAGGGUGGACAGAAGAACCUGUGGCUCUGAUCCAAAGGAUGCUUUUUCGAACAGUGCUGCAUCUUAUGUCUUUAGAUAUUAGCAAUACAGAAACAAUGCCUGACAACUUGCGAAGAAAUUUAACAGACUUACUUAAAGCAGCUUUAAAAAUCAGAAUUUGCUUGGAAAAGCAAUCUGAUCCUUUUGCUCUAGGAUAUGACAAAACACUACAGCAGCCAGUUCAGGAUGACUUCGUAUUUUCUAGAUAUCAUCACAGAGCCUUGCUUCUGCCUGAGGUUGUAGAAGGAGUCUUGCAGAUUUUGAUCUGCUGCCUACAAAGUGCAGCCUCCAAUCCAUUCUACUUUAGCCAAGCUAUCGAUCUGGUUCAUGAGUUCAUACAGCAUCAGGGAUUUAAGCUGUUUGAAGUAACCGUGCUUCAAAUGGAAUGGCUGUGUAUGAAGAAUGAGGGAGUAACUGGGGAAGCCUCAGAGCACCUGAAAGGCCUGAUCAACAGCAUCAUGAAAAUAAUCAGUACUGUCAAAAAAGUGAAAUCGGAGCAGCUCCAUCAAUCAAUGUGUACGAGAAAGCGGCACAGACGAUGUGAAUACUCUCACUUCAUGCAUCACCACAGAGAUCUGUCUGGGCUUUCUGUAUCUGCUUUUAAAAACCAAGGUUCCAAAAACCCCUUUGAAACUUCUGAUGGAGAAGUUCAUUAUCCUGACAGAUGCUGUUGCAUUGCUGUGUGUGCACACCAGUGUUUGCACUUGUUGCAACAAGUUUCUUUGAGCAGUACUUGUGUUCAGAUUCUCUCGGGUGUCCAUAAUGUUGGAAUAUGUUGUUGUAUGGAUCCAAAGUCUGUGAUUGUCCCACUGCUUCAUGCUUCCAAGUUACCAAUAUUAAAAAACUUUCAACAGCACAUAUUGAACAUCCUUAACAAGUUUAUAUUGGAUCAGCUGGGUGGAGCAGAAGUUUCUCCAAAAAUUAUGCAGGCAUCAUGCAAUAUAUGUACUGUUGACUGUGAUCAACUUGCUCAACUGGAAGAUGCCUUGCAGGGCAACUCUGGUGAUGCUAGUCUUGCAUAUAGUUCCUCUUGCAGAGUUCAAGGAAUUCUGCCUAGCAGUGGAUAUGAAGAUAUGUUGUUGAGAUGGGAUGCGUUGGAGGCUUAUCAGGACAUUGUUUUUGAAGAAGACAAACUACGUGGCAUGCAGAUUGCAAGCCAUAUUUGCCACUUAAUUCAAAAGGGAAAUGCAGUGGUCCAGUGGAAACUAUAUAACUGUAUUUAUAAUCCUGUGCUUCAGAGAGGGGUUGAACUAGCUUGCCACGCUCAACAACUUGGACUAACCACAGCUGAUAAACCCACAUGCAGUUACCAUAGCCAGUGUUUGCCUUCUGAGGUACUUCAGGUUUAUUUGCAGAUGCUCCCUGUGUUGCUUAAAUCCAGGGUAAUUAGAGACUUGUUUCUGAGUUGUAAUGGAGUGAAUCAAAUGACUGAGUUAAAUUACUUGGAUGCUUUAAGAAGCCAUUCUUUGAAAGUGUUGGAGACUUUGAUACUCUGUCUUGGUGAUCAGCAGAAAGACCAAGCAAUGCCAGAACUGGAAGGCCUGAACAGUGAACAAAAGGAGUCUACACCUGACUUGCCUGCUUCUCUUUGUAGCCAGCAUACUGUAUCAGAAGUUCCUCAAAGCCUGAGCAAGUUUUAUGCUGGCUUGAAAGAGGCGUACCCAAAAAAGAAAAAGUUUGUGAGCCAAGAUGUUCACAUCAACACAAUAAACCUAUUCCUCUGUGUUGCUUUUUUGUGUGUAAGUAAAGAAGCAGAUAGUGAUCUGGAUUCAGCUAAUGACUCUGAAGAUACAUCAGGAUAUGAUAGUACAGCUAGUGAGCCAUUAGGCCACAAGUUACCAUAUCUGUCACUGGAGAGCCUUACUCUGCCUUCCCUGGAGCAUAUUCACAGGGCUGCAGAUAUUUGGUCCAUGUGUCGUUGCAUCUAUUUGUAUAGUUCAGUUUUCCAGAGACAGUUCCAUAGACUUGGAGGUUUUGAAGCAUGCCAUAGAUUACUGAUCCUGAUAAUUCAGAAACUUGCAAAAAAUAAGGAAAAGGAGGAAGAAAAGAAGGAAAGAGUAUUGCGUGAAAGGAGCAGAAGUUCACAUGGGAGUCCUCGUGGUGAGCUUCUCAACAAGGUUGACUCUGUUCAGUUGGCUAAAAGCAGAGAGGUGUCGCUAUUGGAGCUUGAUAGUUCCGACAGUCUUGCUGGCCUAGAACAGCUGAUGCCUGAAUGUGUCUCCUCUGACAGCUCUUUGAGUAGGGAGCACACUUCAGUUACUUCAGUUGCCAAUCUUGAAGGAAUAAAGGCUUCAGUAAGAGAAGAGACUGAGUGGGCACUUCAAGGUAUCAGACUUCUAGAAGCUCUGCUGACAAUCUGUCUACACAGUGCAAGCACUAUGCAGCAGAAGAUGGAAGUAGAGAUGUUUCAACAGAAUACUGGUGUGGAUGAUAUCUUACUUCAAAUAAGAGAGCAGCUUUCUCAAUCAAAAGUGAUAGAAACUGACUUGGCAAAGCCUCUGUUUGAUUCACUGCUUCGUGUUGCAUUGGGCACUUUUUCUGCUGAUCUGGAUCAUCCUGAAGAAAAAGUUGAAAAGACCCAUUAUACUGAAAAGGAGCCUGUGUCACAACCUGGAGAUAUUUCUGAAGAAACUGAAGAAUCACAGUGCUGUAGUCUUAAAGUUUUUGCUGAAGAGGAAGGAUAUGAAGCAGAUAGUGAAAGUAACCCCGAUGAUAGUGAAACCAAGAAUGAAGGAGCAGACACAAAGGCAGAACCAGGAUAUACUGGUCCUUCAGGUUAUUUUAAUGAUCUAGCUGAAAACAUCAAUCAAGGAGAAUUAAUAUAUCCUGAAAUCUGCAUGUUAGAAUUAAACUUGCUCUCAGCUGGUAAUGCAAGUUUAGAUGUGCUUGCUCAUGUAUUCCGAAGCUGCCUGAAAAUCCUCAACCAGAGGGAGGGAAAUGCCACUGCACUCAUAGAACAGGGAGCUGUUAAACAUCUUUUGGGAGGAUUUCUGAACAUAUUGACACAAACAGAGUCUAGUUUUCAUGCAUGUCAGACGGUGCUGGUAGACCUGUUGGUUUCCUUGAUGAGUUCACAGACAUGUUCAGAAGAGCUAUCUCUUCUUCUGAGGAUAUUUUUGGAGAAGACACCUUGUACGGAGAUACUACUCAAGGGUGUAUUGAAGAUUAUAGAAACUAAUGUUUAUAUGAACCCAUUGCAGUACCUUCCCUUCCCUUUGCUACACAACACAAAUUUGAAUAGUAGUUCUUCACAAAAAUCUACUGGCACUUCCAACAGCAAAACUGCUGGACUAUUAAAAAGAGCAAAAUUUUCACAGAGUAGGAAAGAGACAGAUGGUGAAAACUUGAGUCACCAGCUGCUUUCUUCUUGGCAUGUAGCCCCAAUUCACUUGCCUUUAGUUGGACAGAACUGUUGGCCACACAUGUCUGAAGGCUUUAGUGUCUCACUGUGGCUUCAUCUGGAGUGUGCUCAUGAAACAGAAAAUUCAACAGAAAAAGGGAAAAAAAUAAAGAGAAGAAGCAGACUGGUACCUGUAAGAGAGAACAGCUUUGACAACACAGAAGAAACGAAGUCUAUAGGAAUGGAGUACCUAAGCCUGGGAGAUAAACUUGUUGAAGAUGGGUGUAUUCAUAUAAUUUCACUGGGUUCCAAAGCACUGAUGAUACAAGUCUGGGCAGACUUGAACACUGGAGCAUUCAUAUUUCGUAUGUGCAUGGAUCCAAAUGAUGAGAUGAGAGCUGGUCUUCUGGCACAGGCUGAAUCUCCAGAGAAUGUUUUUCUUGUGGGCAGGUGGCAGCAUUUGGCAAUAACUUACCUGCAGCAGCCAGAAGGCAAGAAAAAUAUCCAUGGAAAGCUGUUGCUGUGGGUUUCUGGUCAGAGGAAAUGUGAGAUUAAUUUAGAUUAUGCACUGCCAAGGAAAUCAAGCUUAUCGUCUGACAGUAAUAAAACAUUCUGUAUGAUUGGCCAUUGUACAUCGUCUCAAGAAGAAUUACUUCGAUUGUCGGGUAGAUGGGAUCUUGGAAAUCUGCUUCUAUUUAAUGGUGCAAAGAUUGGACCAGAGGAAGCGUUUUACUUAUACACAUGUGGGCCGGACUUCAUAUCUGUAAUGCCUUGUAAAUAUGGCAAAACAUCAACUGAUUUCUCUAAGUACAUAAGUAAAGAGAUUCUACAAUGUGAACAAAUUAAGGAACUCUUCAUGACAAAAAAGGAAGUGGAUGUCGGGCCUUUAAUCGAAAGUCUUGCUGUUGUGUACACCACAUGCUGCCCUGGUCAGUACACCAUAUAUGAACCUGUUAUUAGAUUGAAAGGUCAAGUGAAAACUGUACCUUCUCAGAGACCUUUCAGUUCAAAAGAAGUUCAGAGCAAUGUAUUGGACUCACAUCACCUGAAAACACUUCAGCCUGUUGAAUAUAAAACUCUUCAGGGUAUACUACAUGAAAUAGGAGGAACUGGUGCAUUUGUUUUCCUCUUUGCUAGGGUUGUAGAGAUUAGCAGCUGUGAAGACACUCAAGCUUUAGCACUACAACUUAUACUAUCUUUAACAAAAUACAAUCAGCAGAGAAUACAGGAGAUGGACAAUUGUAAUGGUUAUUCUAUGAUUCAUCGAGUGUUGAUCAAACCAAAGUGCAUUGUUGGAUUUUGCAUGCUGAAGACCCUCCUUGAAGGAUGCUGCAGUGAUGAGAUUCUCUAUAUAAAUGAAAACGGGCAAUUCAUGCUUGACACAAAUUCUACUGCAGUGAUCCAAGAUGUUCAAUUGUUAGAAAAGCUGCUGCUUGACUGGAAGAUAUGGGCUAAAGCAAAGCAAGGUGUUUGGGAAACUCUGUUAGCAGCUCUAGAAAUCCUUAUCAGAGCUAACCAUCACCAACAGAUGUUUAACAUUAAACAGCUAUUGAAAGCUCAAGUGGUCCAUCACUUCCUGUUAACAUGUCAAGUUCUGCAGGAGCAUAAAGAAGGACACCUUGCAUCCCUACCUCGGGAGGUCUGUAGGUCAUUUGUGAAAAUAAUUGAAGAAGUACUUGGAUCUCCCCCAGACCUGGAAUUGCUGACACUGGUCUUCAAUUUCCUCUUAGCCGUUCACCCUCCCACUAAUACAUACGUCUGUCACAAUCCUACCAACUUCUACUUUUCCCUGCACAUAGAUGGCAAAAUAUUUCAAGAGAAAGUCGAAUCGCUUAUGUAUCUGAGAAAUUCCAGUAGUGGUGGAAAGUCAGCAGAGAGUUCUGCAUUUGUCAUUACAACUCCAACUGGAUUUACAGCUUUACCACUCGGAGGGAACACUUCCAAGGCUAGUGUACAGCAGAAGACAAGCUCUCAGGCACCUAAAAGGCUUUGCAAAAGUUUACCAGCAUCUCCUACUUCCUCACCUCAAAUUCAUCGAAAAAGACUGACUGAAAGAAUGGGAAGGAGCAUUGAUGACCUGCAGAUUAUUGGCAAGUGUGACUACAUUGAUCUCCAGGGUAAAAUUGAUUUUGUAGAAAGUUCUGAAACCGUAAAGAGGGUACAGGAAGACCUCUUUCUUAGCAGCUGUGAGUCUGCAAAAACAGUUUGUGACUCAGAGUUAACAUCUGCCGAAACAUUUGAAGAUAUUGCAAAAGAAGAGUUAACUGAAAAUGCAUUUGAGAGUAAAGAAGCAGAUGCAGACCUGAAAUGUAAUGAAGGUGUUGCUGCAGCUGAGCCAUGGCUGUGUCGUCCAGACAAUCUGAAAGGACUGCCCUCUUUUCAGAAGAGUCAAAGUAAUUUUGCAGGGUUGGGCUUAGCGUUUUCUGUUCAUGGAGGAUCAUCAGCCAUUGCACGCUGGCCAAGCUUUGCUGACAAGACUGUACUUCCUGAAGACUGGGAGAGUCUUGCUUUUUCUUCAGCUAAUGGGAGUACCCAAAAAACAUCUGAAAGUCCUGAUGAGAGAUGUACAGAAGACUAUCUUGUGCUUAUCUGUUGUGGAUUAUAUGACCUCUUGCGUGGAGUUCUCCUAAUCCUACCAGAUAUCAUGCUGGAAGAUGUGAUGGAUAAACUUAUCCAACCUGAUUAUCUUAUAGUACUUGUGAACCAUCCGUCUCCUCUCAUACAACAAGGAGUCAUUAAAUUGUUGGAUGCAUAUUUCAACAGAGCAAGGAGGGAGCAGAAGGAGAAAUUCUUAAAGAAUCGUGGCUUCUCCUUGCUAGCUAACCAGCUGUACCUUCACCAGGGGACUCAGGAAGUUGUAGAGUGCUUUUUGGAAAUGCUCUUUGGCCGCUCUGUUGGCUUGGAUGAAGAGUAA